GGGAACGGUUAUAUCCCAUCUUACUCCGUACAAACAAAAACGAACUACGAAUCUGGAUCACAAGAGAACGACAGUAUCCAUCGCGGAAGUGGUGCUCGUAGUGGUUAUUCCUCAAACGUUCCCACCUAUACGACCAACUUCGGCAACGAACGAUAUUCAACGCAAAAUCAUGCAACACCAGCUGCUCAGAAUUACAGUUACAACAAUGGCGUGACCACAGCAGCAUAUAAGCCAAGCUCUGGUGGUACUCCACUGAACCAGGCUACGUUCAUUCAAACAUCAUCACUUCAUUCUCCAUCCCUUCAGAGCAGCUACCUAUCACCAGGUGGAACACGCAUCUACUACCAUUCGCCUUCCCCUCGAACACGGCGUGAGCUUGCCCCUAACGCGUCUAUUCAACACUUACAGCACAGACCAUCGGGUAACGUGUACCCUGUGGAAGCAACGGCACAACAGCACUCUCAGCAACCAGAGCGCCCUACAGAGUGA